AUGGCCGCAAGAUCGUGCGCUUGGCCACGUUCUUCUCCACAAGCGAACACUCAUCGCGGUCCUUUUGAUCGCGAUCUUCCUUUUUUACAAAAACUUGGCCAUUAUCGGGGCCAGAUCACUGUCCUGGAGUCGUUUUUCUCAGUUUCUGACGCCCAUCUUCUUCUGCCUGUAGGAUCGGUGGGAAGGCGGCUAAAUAGUAAGAGUAAUGAUGUCUUUUUGAGUGGAACGAAGCCGGCUUCGCGCGAGAAAAAUGCAAUUUCCAACGGGGCGAUUGGCGUCGCUGUUGUCUCGCUGGCGGAGUCGCAAAUUAUAUAUCGCGUCGCGUAAUUUGUAAGCUCUGUAAUUACGAUCCGUUUCCAGGGCAUGAUACUAGAUGAGUCGACGAAAAGAUAAAUGGCCCCAGUGGCCAGUUUUGUUUAUAUUUUCCUUUAUUUCUACAGUAAAUUCGGCCGAAAAUCCUCCAGAAUUCUCGCCGAUUGACUCGGCUGGUGUGAAUCCCACACAAAUCUGGCUGCCCGAGAGAUCUGCACUGAACAUAAAGUGUCCAUUGGUGAACAAAGUAUCGAGUAUUCAGUGGUUUAAAGACGGGAAACGGCUGAUUGGAGAGAAUGCCAUCUUUUACGACCAAGGAACCGUUUCCAGGGAGGAUUCUGGGUUCUAUCAGUGUUUGGCGACAAAUUCAAAGGGGUCUGCGUUCUCCUGGGGAAUGAAUGUUACUGUAGUUUGUAAGUUUUUUUUGAAAAAUUGAACGAAAAUUUUUUAAAAUUAAAAUUUUGGGAUUUUUUAAAAUUUUAUAAUAAAUGAUGACUAAUUUUUUACAUAGUUUAUUUUUUAGAUAUUGAUGGGUUUGCAGCCUCGACGGAGACCUCAGAAUGGCUUGUCAAGGACUUAAAUAGUUUUGUAAUCCGCCCUCCGGCUAUAAAAUCUAGUCCGAACCUCGGCCUCAGCUGGCGAUGGUUUAUUGGUGACGAAGAGGUAAUUUUUUAUAUUUGUGGUGCAAAGAAUGAGCACAUAUUAUGGCGAAAUCAUCGUAUUUUAAAAAUAAAUUACCGUAUCUUUUAGAUUUCUACAAACGACAACUAUUACGUAACAACCACGGGUACUUUGGUGGCCAUAAAUCCGAAGAAGAACACUUUCAAUUACAAGGUCCAAGUCCGCGAUCUCAAUUCCGGGAUCUUUGUCCACAAUUACAUCGUCAAACAAGACCCAACUUCUCUGGUUCGGGAGUCCAAAUUCCAAAUUCUUUAUGGUCCAACCGACCAAACGCUGAUCUCGGGCCGAGCCAAGCCAGUUUCCCUUCGAUCCACGGGGCCAGAUCUUUCGGAAGCCGCGAUUUUUGAGUGUAUUCCGUCUUUUCAAGGGAUCCUGCCGCCUGAAAUCAAGUGGUUUAUAGAUGCUCAGCCCGUUCUCGAGGAGAUAAAUGGAAUUCAUCUAGAGAACGAGGGACGGCGACUAAUCAUUUAUCCAAAUUCCCACCUAAUGGGACCCAAAUCUCAUACGGCAAAGAUCAAAUGUGCUGUGAGAAGUGGAGACGACGUUUAUAGUGAUUACGCGACGGCUGAAUUGAUGUAUCUAGGUGAGGAAUAGACAAGUCCAACUGUUUUACGUUUUACAAAAAGUUUUCUUUAUAAAAUCUCUAAUCUGAACCUUGUUUUAGAGUCUCCCAAGAUCGAUCUCUCACAAUUUCUCCAAAAUCGCCCUAUUUUCCGCGGCGACAACCUUCGGUUGAGUUGUCCCACAGAAAAAGGGUGGCCAAGACCCAAGAUCUCCUGGUAUCAUGAUGGAAAACUUGUAAGUUACUAGUAAUUGUAGUCAUCAUACAUACUAAUCAUCAUACUUUAGCUGGAGAAUUCUCCAACGAUCCUAAAAGUGAAUAGAAUAACCGAAAAUGACUACGGAAUCUACCAAUGUGUGGCAAAAAAUUCUGCUGGGCUGGACUUGGCGACAACCUAUGUUCAUGAACCUGGUAAGUCGCAAAAAAGUUUUUUUUUUGAAAACAAAGUGUAAAAGGUCUGCCUUCAAAAAAAUUUUGUCGAAGAAAAUGAUGACCAAAUUUUUUUCAGAUGACAAAAUGUUUGUCCGAGCUGCAGAUGAGUCGUCACAAGCCUUUGAAUUCCAAGAGCAACCAGAAGAUGUCUUCACGAAGCCAGGGAAAGAUGUUCUCUUCAAGUGUAAAACCUCCGAUCCCCAUAACAGCCGGAUCUCCUGGCGUUAUAACGAUGAGGCCUUGUUGAUGGACAAUCCAAGAUUGAACACUAAUCUCAGUUCCCUUGUCAUCCAUGACACUCACAAGGAGGAUUCUGGAGUCUAUACUUGUGUAGCGACUAAUCAAAACGGACAAGUUAUCAGGGCAUCGGCCGUGUUGGACGUCUCUGGUAAGGAAUUAAAAUCUUUUUGAAUAAAAUACGUUUCAAAAAUAAUUUUUUGUUACUUUAGGCUCCCAACUGAUCCAAGUGGGACCCUCAAAUCAAUCGCUUUUGAUCGGAACCAACAUCAAAAUGCCAUGUAUAAUAUCCGAGGAGGCCUUAUCUCGAGGGAAAGUCGAACCCAUCUGGUCGAAAAAUGUGAGUUAUUAAAUUUUUGACAUCAUGAUGACAUUUUUAUCUCAAUGUCACCAUUUUUUUAUUUUUUGACUCGGCGCCUAAGGGGAGUUUCCUUUGAAAUAACAUCAAUUCCGUUUUUUAUAAGCCCGUUUGAGAGUAUAAAGUUGCUUUCCUUUGUCAUCUGUCCAAACAAGAUUAAGGUCAAUCUCUCGUGGCCCGGAAAUGUCAAGAGUGCGCGAGCCUUUCCUUUUAGACCUUAUUUAAUGGCCACUGUCCACAAAACGGACGCCGUUUAUUGAUGGGAAUCCUAAAUUAAAACCCCUCGAGCAAACAAAAACAGACUUUUAAUUUGGCCAAUGUUUUAGGGCCAAUUAAUUCCGAAGAGCGGGGAUCCGAUGAGAAGAGUGAGCAUCGACGAGGACGGACAGUUGACCAUCAAUCAAGUGGGCCCGGAUAGCAUUGGGGUCUACAAAUGCACGGUGAAAAGCGGAAUGGAAGAGGAGAGUGUGGAAGCGUCGUUGCAGAUCAUCGGUAUAAGAAAAAACAAUCGAGAGAUAAACAAAAACAUUAUAAUCCUUUCAGAAAGACCAGGAAUGCCCGUUCAAGUCCAGGCCCAACUUAUAAAUGACAGUAUCCCCGCCAAAAUCAAAGUUUCUUGGCGUCCCGGCUUCGAUGGAAACUCUCCACUCAUAAAACAUGCCGUGGAAAUGAGAUUUGUUGGAAGUUCGGGUCUCUGGAAUGAUUGGGAGACGGUCGUGGACAACGUGAAUGCCGAGACUUGUUGCUCCGUCUUCAUCGACAACGUCCGUCCUUCCUCAACGGCCGAGUUUCGAGUGGUCGCCUUCAAUGUUCAUGGCCCUGGCCGUCCUUCUUUGUCCUCUAACAACGUCACCAUGCCCCAAUCCCCUCCGGCGGCUAGUCCCCGAUCAGUGGCGGCCAGUCCAAGGACCUCCAAUUCAGUGAUGGUCCAAUGGCAACCCCCUCCGCCAGAUCAAUGGAAUGGGGACAUUCUGGGAUAUAAUAUUCGAUACAGAUUGGCUGGGUAUAAUCUCCCAUGGCAAGAGAAAAAUGUCAGCAAAUCGGAUGCCAGAAACGCCCUUCUUGAGCAGUUGAUCACCUGGAGGGAUUAUGAAGUUCAAGUCGCUGCGUUUAAUAAUCGAGGAUUGGGGGUUUACAGUAAACCUAUUGAAGUUCAACCGUUGGAAGGAAGUAAGUUAUGUUGUAAUUGACAAUUAGAUGAGGAAAGUGUAUAAUAUUAACAAUUUUUGUAAUGAUUUUGGUUACUUUUAGCCCCAAUGGAAGCCCCUCACAACGUGCAGGUUACAGUACUCAGUUCAACGGAAGUUUUGGUCGAAUUUGAUCCACUUGAUCAACAAAUGAUCCCGGGAGUCAAUCAGGGAUAUAAAGUUGGUUUUAGAACUUCUUAAUCGCCUCGUGGAACAAUUUUUCAUACUAUGACAUCAUAAUUUUCAGAUUGAUUUCUGGAAAGGCGAAGUUGGCGGCCAAAAAUACCGGACUGUGAAAGUGGUCCCAGAUCAAACACGGCUCCGAGAAAAAGUGGAAGAUCUGGAGAAAUUUGGACAUUACAAUAUGACAGUAGUUUGUUACACGAAUGCGGGAGAUGGGCCGAGGAGUGAUCCGAUUGAGGUAGUAACCGAAGAGGAUGUCCCUGGCCCUGUCCCCUCCAUUUCUUUCGAUCAAGUUCAAUUUUCUUCGGUGGUUGUUCAAUGGGAAGCUCCUGUUGAACCAAAUGGAGUGCUGAUUAGUAAGUGUCUAUGCCAUUAUUUGGAAUAAUGUUCUAUUUCUUUGUAGAAUACAUCCUGCGCCAUUGGGAGACUUCCAAACCGGAUGACAAACAGACAAUCGAAGUGACCGCCGACCAGAAUAAUGUGACUGUUGAAGGCCUCAAAGCAUCCACCCAAUACUCAGUGGAUAUCCAGGCCCUGACAAAAGUGGGCGCCUCUCCUCGAACCGAAGCCAAAUUCGAAUCCGGGGUCCCUCCAGAACUCCCAGGCCGCCCAUCCGCCCUAACCAUCUCGGAUGUUGGCCCCAGAAGUGCCGUGCUUCAAUUCAUCCCCGGAUUUGAUGGCCAUUCUUAUAUCAAAAAGUGGAUUGUCGAAGCCAAAGUUGGAUCGUCUACUGUCUUCACUCAGAUCUUUAAUAUCACAGCGCCUAAGGCAAGGUCUUUCACCAUCAACAAGCUCCGUCCAUUCACCAAGUACCAGGUCCGGCUGAUUGCGGAGAAUAUCCGAGGUCGCGGGGCUCCUUCAGAUCCCAGCAGAUCCUUCGAAACCCAAGCCACGGAGCCAGAAAAUGCUCCGGAGAAAAUUUAUGCAGAGCCAGUGGCAUCAGAUAGAAUCCAACUUGUUUGGACUCCUCUUUUGCCCAAUCAUUGGAAUGGAGAACCUCGCGGAUAUGUCAUUUAUUACCGAGCGAUGAAACCCAAAAAACUCGGGGGCAACAGCCAAGAAAAGGAGGGAAAUAACAAUGAGUGGAUCACGGUAAAAACGUUGAAUCACAAGGCCAGUGAGAUGACUUUGUUGGACUUGGAGCCGUUCACUACUUAUCAGAUCAGAAUGGCGGCAGAAAAUUCGUUUGGACUGAGUGAAACUUCGACUGUAAUUACGGCUACUACUUACGAAAGCAGUCCCAGUGAAGGCCCGGAAAGUGUAAUUGUGGAUUUGCAUCAAAGUACAGUCCGAAUUCAGUGGGAUGAAGUCCCAUUGGAGCAUCGAAGAGGGAUGUUGGAGGGAUAUAAAGUGGAGUUAGUGCCGGAGGAUCAGAAUCUGAGGGGUUAUCACACUAAAGAGACGAUCAUCCCAAGUCCCGAGACCAAGAUGACAUACUUCCAAACCCGCGAUCUUCGACCUGCAACUGCUUAUAGAGUGUUUGUAUCAGCGUACAAUUUGGUUGGAGAGGGUCCACCUUCAUCUGAAAGUCCUCUAAUCCACACUCCGCCUGAUAUUCCGGAGCCUCCAAUUCAUGUGAAGUUCAGUAAAAUCUCGAAUAACAGCCUGAUUCUGAAGUGGGAAGCCCCUCUCAAUCCGAACGGAGUGAUCACCAAUUAUGUCCUCAGGCAUUGGAAGGCCGUAAAAGGAGAAGAGAGCGCUGUUUCGACCGUCCUACCCCACAGUAUCUACCAGUUUUCGGCCGCUUCCCUGAGUCCAGAUUCCAAUUAUAUUUUUGGAAUCAAAGCCCAAUCAGAAGUGGGUGUGAGCAAAGAAGUUCAGUUGGGAGUUAUCACUACCAAUCGAAAACUCAAUCUACCCUCUCCAAAGGCACCAAUUAGCAAGACGGUGGAUGCGGUGGGAGCAGAUAAUUUGUGGUGGCAUUUCGAGAUCCCGGAGGGAGAAGGAGAGGUCAGAGAGGUGGAAGUUCAGUACCAGAGGAAGAAUCAGGACUCUUGGAAUAGAUGGAGAAGGGCUAUUCUACCAGCCGAGGGAAAGUUCAAGAUAUCGGAGUGAGUUUUGAUAUCAGAUUUAGCAAGAAUAUUUUUCAUAUCUCAUCACAUCCAAGUACAACAUAAAAUUCUUUCAGCCUGAUCCCCAAUAUGGCAUAUCGAACACGGAUAAGGUAUAUUGGAGACAAUGAUGACACCACCUGGUCAGCCGAAUCGGAUUGGGCCAAGACUCUUGGCUCGGCUCCUAAAAUUGCCCCGGGCAAUGUAAGGGCCAAACCUUAUGAAGCCUCUUCGAUUCUUUUGGAAUGGAAUCCGAUAAAUGAGUUAGAAUGGAAUGCGGAUCAGAUUGGAUACAAGAUUCUCUAUCGGAUUUAUCAAUCGAAUAACACCUUCUUGUCCGAGACAUUGCCCUUGAUGGAGAGAAAUCCGAGUGAUGGAGUCGUCAGACAUGUUAUCCACAAACUUUCCAGGUAAGGAUUGUGUAGUCUAUGCUUAAAUGUCGUGAUAUUUCAGCUUUCAUCAUUACAUUGUCCAAGUCCAGAGUUACAAUAAGUUCGGGACUUCCCAGCCAUCAAAACCCCCGGCUUUUGUCUAUGUCGGAUAUUCGAUUCCUAAACAGGAUAUCAAAGAACUUCGAGUGGAAGCCCAGUCAAGCACUUCUAUGGAAGUCCAUUGGAAGCCUUGGGAGAGCAGUGACGAUGACGUCAUUUCUGGGUAUCGAGUCAGAUAUUCUCCGUUAUUGAGCUCGAUGUCUCCAGAAAUCGCGGCCGAAGCUGAAGGUGGAGAGAGUCUGGAAGAAGUGGUGGUUACUGAGAAUAACAGCCUCGUUCUGACUGAACUGAGGAAGUUCACAGAGUAUCAGGUAAGAGUGUCAUCAAAUAUUACGGUAACUUUUGUAAUAGGUAGUAGUCUUAACUGUGCAUGAUGAUUUCUGUAUUUCCAGAUCUCCGUGUCCGGUUAUAAUCGUGCUGGUGAUGGCCAAGCCUCCGUUGUCCGUGCUCGCACUCUCGAAGACACCCCCGGUCCUGUCGGGGAGCUCCAAUUCAGCGAUAUUCUCCUGGAUUCGGUGAAUGUCAGCUGGACUCCUCCUCAACAAACAAAUGGCCGAAUCACCGGCUAUUCCGUUACUUAUCGGACCUACAAAUUCUCCGAAGACUUUAGGAAGGAGAUUCAAGAGAAAACGUUGCUUCCUUUCCUUUUGGCGGACAAUUUGGAGGAGAAUACCACCUACUCUUUCACUGUCCAGGCCCGAACUUCGGUCGGAUUGGGAGUCCCGGUCUCCGGAAAUGUGACCAUCGGCUACAAUCGAGGUGCUCCUGGGGCUCCGACCAAGCCAAUUGUUCUGCCGGAACAGUCGAGUUUCCUUAUGAAAUGGAGCGACGGCCCUGAAGGCACAACUCCCAUAAAAGGAUAUUUGAUUCAGGCAAAGAGAGUCGGGAUUGCUUAUGAAGAUUUGAAUACAACCGAAGGAACUGUGGCCAGAAGGAAGAGGGGACUUGUGGACACCGAUCCGUACAGACCCCAACAUGUGAUCGGGGAAUGGGUGACCAUCUCGAAUGUUCUGGGCACUGAUAAUGAGUAUCGAAUUAGUUAUCGACAGCUGGAGCCCAGCAGUUACUACGUCUUCAGACUGUUCGCCAGAAACAAUUUGGGAAUUGGGUUACCCAGUGAGGCCUCGGAACAACUUCAUGUACCUGGUAAGGAACCAUACUGUAGUAGAUAAGUAUGAAUAGGAUCUGUUCCAAGAUUAUGUUAUCUCUUUUACAGUUCCUUUACUCCAAAAAUUUCAGCAUCAAUCCCUGAAGACCCAAUCUACACAACUUGGUGGUUCUUAAUCAUCGUGGCAUUAGUGUUGGUCAUCAUUGUUAUGUUAUUCGUCUUCUUAUUAUGCAUGAUCAAUCACAAAUCUGAUAAGAAGGAUGAGAAGAGCGAUGUUUUUGACACCCAUCAGCUGGCUGAUGGAUUUGUGGUGUCUUACGAACUCCAGAAUAAAAACAAAAGGUAAUACUAAAAUAAAUUUAGAAUGCUUUCACUUUAAAAUUAAACAAUGCUUUUCAACACUAACUAGUAGGAGAUAAAUUUAUGAAAAAUUUUUGCAGCCCGGUAGACCGCCCUCAAACCCACACUUCCUGGUUGUCAAACGAGAAUCUCAGACACAAUGAAGCGCCUUAUGGAUCCAUAGCUUCGGGGCUUAACAACAGACAGAAUCCCUACAGUACAAGUAGUGUUUAUCAUGCCUUGGCGACGGAUAAUGUCCCGGAGAUUCACCGGAAUAGCAAGCCAGUCAAAGCCGUUAAUCCUUAUGCCUCCAAGAAUCAGCUGAAUGUCUCUCCGCGGGCCAAUAAUUACUGGGCGAAGCCCCCAGUUCAGGUGGAUAUUGGACCGUACGGGACCAGAGUCAUCAAUGAAGAUCCCGCCGCUAAUGAAACGACUGACGAUGCAGAGAUUCAGGCGGAGAAAUCAUUCGCUGGACAUUAUCAAAGCAAUCCUCAGGAAGAGAACUAUCGAGCGACGUGGAAACGAAGUCGCGAAACAGAAAGACAGCGGGCCCAGAGUGGGCGGAAUGGAGGAUUCGCUACGAAUAAUCAUUCCCCGGUCUACCUACUGCCCAAUCGCCCGGAUUCGGAGGCUACAAAUGAGACUGGCCAGAGCGGUAAGUAGAUUUUAUAUAAAAUUUUACCAACUCAUCCUCAAAUUAAAUUCUCAAUAUUAUCUUAUCGUUUCCAGGUUCCGAUGAUCGAAACCCCUCAUCUCUAAAUAGUCAGCGCGAUUAUGAAGUGGGCGGGAUCAACCUCCGGACCGACUUCACUUCCCCCAAACACCAGACUUUCACGAAUGCCAACGGAUUCUCGUCUUUCGUCUGA